AUGCAAAGUUUCAGCUAUCAUGUCCUGCGCGAUCCGGCCAUCUACACGAAAUUGAAGAAGGAGCUCGACGAUGCCACUCAAUCUGCUCAGCUGUCGGGAAUGCCGCAGUGGAACGAGGUUCAAGCUCUUCCAUACUUCCAGGCCUGCCUGAAGGAAGCGAUGCGUGUCAGACCUGCGGUAGGCUUGAAUAUCACUCGUCUCGUACCUCCAGCAGGAGCAGAAAUCGAAGGCAACAGUCUUCCAGGAGGAACGCAAGUUGCUCUUAACGGAUGGGUCCUACAUCGCGACCAAGAAAUCUUCGGCGCAGACGCGCAUCUCUUUCGCCCGGAGAGAUGGCUAGAAGGUGAUGCGAAGACGAUGGAGAGAUACAUGUUCCAGGUGAGUCUUCAUCAAACACAUCUCGUCUUCGCGCUUGUGCUGAUCAUUGGGUAG